GGCGUUUGAAGCUCCACGCUAAGGUUAUCUCGUACUCAAAAAAUUCUUUUUACCAGCCGCCUCUUAUUCUUCUUUUCAUCCAACUCAUCUACUUGCAUUGCCAAGCUGCAAGCAAACCCCCCCAAGAACUUUGCGGAAUAUCUCUCAAGAUGGCCACCAGCAGUUUCAGUCCGCACAAAUUCGUAACUCUAGUCUCCAGUGAUGGCUUCGAGUUCGUGGUGCUUCGGGAGGCAGCCCUUGUCAGCCCUGCGAUAAAGAGCAUGCUGGAUCCGAAGAGCCAAUUCGCCGAGGCACGAAGCGGUCGAUGUGUCUUCGAAGAGAUCAACGGAAUGGUGCUCGAGAAGGUAGUCGAGUACUUCCACUACUGGUACAAAAACCGACAGAGAGAAGACGUCCCGGAUAUGGAAAUCCCUGUAGAACUCUGCCUCGAGCUCUUGAUGGCUGCGGACUACUUGGGACUCGACAAGCCGACCUAGGUUGUCAACCAACUAGAUGAGAGUCGACUGCAUCAAGUUUGGGCAGUAUGUUACUGGAUAUGGGACGGGGCCGGCGUUUACUGGCAUUAUGAUACCACCACACAACCAUUACAAUAAUGUUUAUUUAAGCCCAGGUAGAGGUAAUGACUGACGAAGACUGAAUGAAAUUGGAUAUUCGUAACUAAACUCACUCUUCGAUAAGAUGAAUGAAAAGGUAAGUCCAGCGUAGGGAGAGCAAAGCCUCUCAGCCAAAAUAACCCAUCUAAGCAUAUGCGUUCAACUCUUAACUCUUCCGUGGGUUGAAUGUCUAUAUCGGAUGGGAGAUUAGUAUCAUCCCCCGUCACUCUGCGUGGCUCGUGUUUCUCUGUAGAGACCAUGCUUUUUAGGAGGGGAUACAUCUCUAUUAGACUUACUAGACUAGUAAAAUUACAUUUUCCAAUAAAAAUUCAUUCAUACCAA